AAUGUUUGUUUUCUUAUCUAUCCGUUGAAACGGAAAAGGAGAAACUUUUCCGUCUCUCUUAAAACCCCCACUUUGUCUCUGUCGCCGGCUCUCAUGCUUCUGAGAAGGACCAGUCACUGAUCUCUACGACCUUCACAACUCCAUAACAAUGGCUUUCAGUUCGUGUUCGUAGUGUAAUCUCUUUCUCUCUACUCAUGGACGCCAUUGCUGCUUCUCGUCUACUUCCCAGUCCAUUUGCCCCUCACUUCUCGCCUCCCACGCUUCGGAACUCUUAUCUUGCGUCCAAUCACCGUAUCAGAAUUCAAAUAUUUGCUUCCAAAUCACCGAAAUUUCACCGAAUUUUUUUCCCAGUUCGGUAUGGUUUCGGUGCAUUUAGCUCCCUAGAAGCUCAUAGAAAUUCACGGCGUUAUGAACAAGUGGUCGAAGACGAUGAACAGGUUAAUACGGUUGGGAAUUGUUCGGAGCCAGAGGGAAAUUUGCUCAGGUUCAUUGCAAAGCAAGCGCUUUUAACGUUGUUCUUUCUUGCAAUCGGUUUUGCUCCUCUUCGGGCGGUUCGUGUUUCUGCACUCGCCGCUCCGGUGGCUACUGAAGAGGUUUUGAAUAAGAAGCAGAAUGGGAAAGGAAAGGAGAUGAGCUCGAAGAGCCACGAGUACUCAGAGUGCACGCGGAGAUUGCUCGAAACGGUGUCGGCUUUGACAAGGAGAGUAGAAGAAGUUAGGAAAGGAAAUGCGGAUUUGAAGCAAGUAGAAAUGGAGUUAAAGGCGGUGAAAGGGCAAAAGGAAGAAUUGCAGGCAGAAAUUAUGGAUAGUCUUUAUUCGGAGUUGAAGGAACUCAAGAGAGAGAGAGGGUUAUUGGUAAAACGAUCGGAGGGAAUUGUUGAUAGAGUGGUAAAGACGAAGAAGGAGUACGAUAAGGUUUUAGGCGAUGCGGGUGAGAAGGAGGAUAUGGAUAAAGUGCAGAUGUUGGAAGAGAGAUUGAAAGAGCUUGAGGAGGAUUACAAUUCGAUAUGGGAAAGGGUUGGUGAAAUUGAAGAUCAGAUUUUGAGGAGAGAAACUAUGGCUCUGAGUUUCGGGGUGAGGGAGCUUCGUUUCAUUGAGAGGGAAUGUGAGCAGUUGGUUGAAAAUUUUAGUCGGCAAUGGAGGCGAAAGGGUUUAGACAGUACGCCAAAACCAUCAGUGACCAAACUUUCCAAAUCUGAAAUUCAGAAAGAUUUAGAAAGCACGCAAAGAAAAUAUUUGGAACAAAUGAUUUUGCCAAGUGUUUUGGAAGUUGAUGAUCUUGGACCUUUCUUCGACAAAGAUUCAGUCGACUUUGCUCAACGUAUAAAACAAGGGCUUAAAGAUUCAAGGGAGAUGCAGAUAAAUCUAGAGGCUCGUAUAAAUAAAAAAAUGAAAAAAUAUGGUGAUGAAAAGCGAUUUGUUGUAAAUACACCAGAGGAUGAGGUGGUGAAGGGUUUUCCUGAAAUUGAGUUGAAAUGGAUGUUUGGAGAUAAAGAGGUUGUGGUUCCUAAAGCUAUUAGCCUUCAUUUGUACCAUGGGUGGAAGAAAUGGCGUGAAGAAGCUAAGGCAGACCUUAAGAGAAAUCUGUUAGAAAAUGUUGAUUUUGGUAAACAGUAUGUGGCUCAAAGACAGGAACGUAUUCUUAUGGAGCGAGACAGGUUGAUGUCAAAGGUUUGGUUCAGUGAGGAUAAAAAUAGAUGGGAGAUGGAUCCAAUGGCUGUUCCUUUUGCUGUAUCAAAAAAACUAAUUCAGCAAGCCCGAAUUAGGCAUGAUUGGGCUGUCAUGUAUGUCACUCUAAAGGGGGAUGACAAGGAUUAUUAUGUGGACAUUAAGGAACUUGAUAUGCUGUUUGAAGAUUUUGGAGGGUUUGAUGGGCUGUAUAUGAAAAUGCUUGCCUGUGGUAUUCCAACUGCUGUUCACUUGAUGUGGAUCCCUUUUUCAGAGUUGGAUCUCUAUCAACAGUCUCUCUUGAUUCUCAGGCUGUCUAGUCAAAGCUUAAAAGCAUUGUGGCAGUCAAAAAUUGUGUCGUAUGCAAGAAAUUGGGUUUUUGAGAAAUUUAAAAAUAUAAAUGAUGACAUAAUGAUGAUGAUUGUAUUUCCUUUGGUGGAGAUUAUCAUCCCUUACCGGCUAAGGUUGCAGUUGGGGAUGGCAUGGCCAGAGGAAAUAUAUCAAGCUGUUGGCUCAACAUGGUACUUGAAGUGGCAAUCUGAGGCAGAGAUGAGUUUCAAAUCCAGAAAAAGCGAAGGCCUCCGAUGGUUUCUUUGGUUUCUUAUUAGAAGCUUUAUAUAUGGAUAUAUUUUAUUUCAUGUGUUUCGAUUUAUGAAGAGAAGAAUUCCAAGACUUCUUGGUUUUGGACCAUUGCGUAGAGAUCCAAACUUGCGGAAGUUGCGGAGAAUGAAAUACUACCUUAAUUAUAGGGUGAAGAGGAUUAAGCGUAAGAAAAAGGCUGGCAUUGAUCCUAUAACACGUGCUUUUGAGCGAAUGAAGAGAGUGAAAAAUCCACCAAUACCAUUGAAGGAAUUUGCCAGUGUUGAGUCUAUGAGAGAGGAAAUCAAUGAAGUUGUGACAUUUCUACAUAACCCUAGGGCAUUUCAAGAAAUGGGUGCUCGUGCACCACGGGGAGUUCUGAUUGUAGGUGAAAGGGGAACUGGAAAGACAUCUCUAGCAUUGGCUAUAGCUGCAGAAGCUAAGGUUCCUGUUGUUCAAGUUAAAGCUCAAGAGUUGGAGGCUGGACUAUGGGUUGGGCAAAGCGCAUCAAAUAUUAGGGAGCUAUUUCAAACAGCACGAGAUUUGGCUCCUGUAAUCAUAUUUGUGGAGGAUUUUGACCUGUUUGCUGGUGUCCGUGGGAAAUAUAUUCACACUAAAAAGCAGGAUCAUGAGGCUUUCAUUAAUCAACUUCUUGUGGAACUUGAUGGGUUUGAGAAACAAGAUGGGGUUGUACUGAUGGCUACUGCUAGAAAUCUCAAGCAAAUUGAUGAAGCCUUGCAACGUCCUGGCCGGAUGGAUAGAGUAUUUCAUCUCCAAAGGCCAACACAAGUGGAAAGGGAGAAUAUAUUGCGCAUGUCUGCAAAAGCAACCAUGGAUAAUGACCUCAUUGAUUUUGUAGACUGGAAAAAGGUAGCUGAGAAAACAGCUCUUCUACGACCGACUGAACUGAAACUUGUACCUGUGGCAUUGGAAGGUGCUGCUUUCCGGAGUAAAUUUCUUGAUACAGAUGAACUAAUGAGCUACUGUGGUUGGUUUGCGACUUUCAGUGGUGUUAUCCCUAAAUGGGUUAGGAGAACCAAUAUCGCAAAAAAGUUAAGCAGCAUAGUGGUGAAUCAUCUCGGACUAACAUUGACAAAAGAAGAUCUAAAUAAUGUAGUUGAUCUAAUGGAACCGUAUGGCCAGAUUAGCAAUGGAAUAGAACUUCUAAAUCCUCCACUUGAUUGGACAAGGGAGACCAAGUUUCCACAUGCAGUUUGGGCUGCUGGCCGUGGCUUGAUUGCUCUUCUGUUGCCAAACUUUGAUGUUGUUGAUAAUCUGUGGCUUGAACCAUUGUCUUGGCAGGGAAUUGGGUGUUCAAAGAUCACUAAGGCAAAAAAUGAAGGUUCCAUGAAUGGGAAUUCUGAAUCAAGAUCUUACCUUGAGAAGAAGCUUGUAUUUUGUUUUGGUUCACAUAUUGCAUCUCAAAUGUUACUUCCUUUUGGGGAAGAAAACUAUCUUUCUUCUUCAGAAUUAAAGCAGGCACAGGAGAUAGCGACAAGAAUGGUGAUUCAGUAUGGGUGGGGACCUGAUGAUAGUCCUGCAAUAUACUAUCAUAGUAAUGCGAUUACAGCAUUAAGUAUGGGGAACAACCAUGAAUAUGAGAUCGCAUCUAAAGUUGAAAAGAUAUAUGAUUUGGCAUAUUGUAAAGCCAAAGAAAUGCUUCUUAAAAAUCGUCAAGUUCUUGAAAAGAUUGUCGAGGAGUUGCUUGAGUUUGAAAUCUUGACUGGAAAGGAUUUGGAAAGGAUACUUAUAGACAAUGGUGGGAUUGGAGAGAAAGAGCCAUUUUUCCUUUCUAGAAUUCAUGAGAAAGAGCCAUUGUCUAGCAGCUUUCUGGAAACAGGAAAUGCAUCAGGAGCUACUCUUUUAAGUGAAGCAGCAUCCACAUAGAUAAAUAUGCAGGUCUUGAACAAAGAGAUACAUGGUUGCUUGAGGGGAGCUUUGUAUUUUCAAGGAGCAUUGUCUCCCUUAUAAUUUACAUUUUAUUCAUUUUUAUAGCAAAGGAAUUAGUUAUAUUAGGCCAUUGUUUCGCAUUGAUAGAGGCAACAUUUUUCCUUCCUAACCGCCAUUGAUUUCUAUUUAUGGGAUUAAAGUUCCCUUGUUGUAUCUUCCUCACAACAAUGUAAUUAUAAUUGUCAAUAGAAUGAAGAAUAUUGGAAGCUUGUGUUCUGCAAAA